CACGGAAAAACAUCAGUGUACUAGUAGCUUGUCGGCUCUUCAGGACAGCUUGUGCUCGCUCAGCCUGUCUCUUACGACGAGAGCUUACGACGCCCUAAUUUGACGGACACACGGCGUAGUUUGGUUCCUCAGUUACAAACGCGCGACGCAUUUCAGAAACAGUGUUUGGAUUUGCUGGCUGGAGCUCUUACAUUCCGUAGACCUCGUCUGUAUGAUGCGUGUUCCUCACAGCCGUCACUAUUCCUCUCCCACCUCGAGUAUUUAUAGCAGUAGCACGGAGCGUUAGCUUGGUGACUUUUGAGUCGACUCAAAAGUCACCUUUUAACACGGAGCGUUAUCUCGAAGGGCAUCGUUUCGCCGGAUUAUUCCGAGUUGAGUUCUAGGGUACGAAAAUGAUUGCACUACCCCAGUGACGAAUAAGCUUCACGCCAUAGCCCAAUCUCGUUAGAGCUGUACCAUGAAGCAUGUCGUCGCCGUUCCGUCCCUCCGCGUGCAGCCUUCCGCUGCCAUAGCUCCAAGCGCCUGCGUUAGAGGAACCUCUCUGUCCUAGCCACCUGCUCUGGACAGUAAUUUUCCCAACCUGACAAUGCGGCUUGAUUACAUUUGAAGACUCGACCCAACUUAACACGGCUGUCACGAUCCGCGAUCGAGCGAUUGCAUUUUCCACGGAGUCUCCCAGACAGACCUCUCUUCAGCUAGAUUCUUAAACACUCGCCAUGCGGUUACUUACGUUCGAUCGGAUACAUGCUGCGGGUAGCCCCAGUAGAUAGUGCUGGUUUCCGUGCUGUGUGGAUGCGAAGCGAGAGGACAAAGAGGAAGAAGAGAGAAGGAGAGAGAGAACGAGGAGUAAGUGUGGCGUGAUAAGUGGGAAGAGAGCCGGCGCAUGGCCCAAGGUGACUCGUGAGUCGACUCGACGACGGUCACGGGUGGUGGCGCAUGGCCCUGUCAGCGUCGCACGCGCUGACGUCGCGGAACAGUUUUUUCCGCCCGCGCUACCUCAAUGAGGCGCCGGUGCUGAGCGAGGCGGAGGACUUGCCGCACCUGCGGGAGUUGGAGCUGUGCGUGAACGCGGACCUGGUGCACGUGGAAAACAAGUACGGCGCCUUCCUCGGCCAGCCGCACCCCGCCUUCCGCCCGCAGCUCUUCUCCGCGCCCCUCUCCGACCGCUCCGCCGCGGGGCCUGGGCGGCCCAAUGGGGGGCGCGAUGGGGAGGAUGACGACGCGGACGUGGAGCAGUAUCUGGAGAACAGGGACCCGGACGAUGAGCACUACGGAGGGCCGCCCAUCAUGGCGUAUAACCCCCUGUUCACCUGGGAAACGGAGAGAGCGGCUGUGAUUGGCCAACGGUUGCCCAUCAAGCCCAUCGUCAGCAGCACAGUAGGUACUCGCUUCUCUGUGCGGAUACUGUCGUUCAACGUACAGGCGGGCCUUGUGGAGCCCUUUUAUGGCACCAUCUGUUUGUAUCACACGGAGAAGAAGGAGAAGGUCUCAGAGGACUUCCACUUCCAGUACCUGCCGCUCUCCUGGGAUGGGGCGAGCACGCCCCCGGAGCUGCGAGCGAUAUUCACGGUGGAGAGAGAGGCGUCGGCGCUGUGCCUGCUGGUGCAGGUGGAGCGGGCUGUCACCGAGGAAAGUCUCAAUGGCGUCAAGGGGUCCGUGUACACCAGAAAGGACCCUCCUGUUUUGACAGACAGGGAGGCAUCUCACCUCUCCGAAUGGGCACAGGGCAUGCCAUUCCGUGAGGCCUUUGCGUUCGCCACCAUCCCUCUCUUCGACUCUGCAGCCACAGGAGGGGCGACCGCCUUUGGAGGCAGCAGCACAGGGGUUGGCACACCAGGGGUGCUGGGAGGGGCGGCAGGCGGAGGCGGGGGGGAGGGGGUAGGGGGGCCGGGAACGCCGGGGACUAACAGUGGGCCACUGGGGGAGGGGGGCGCUGCUCCGCGGUAUGAGCUGGGGGGUCCGCUGCAGGUGGACAUCCCCUGUCUGCAGCGGGUGAAGGAGUGCUACACUGAAGACCAGCUCUUUGAUCCCAAGCGCAAGGUGCACAAGCCGGUGCGCAUGUCCAUGCAAGUGGAGGUGGAGCGCCUGCCAGGCAGCACAGCCCUCUCGCAGGGCGCCCAGGCAGGGGUGGGGGGGUCCGGCACCCCGCACAGCCACGCCAUGAUGGGCCACACGCGGUCAAUGGAGUCAAUUGGGUCUGAUGUGGAGGAAAUGGGUGCGCUAAGUCGCACCUUCUCCAUCUCACGGCUGCUGAAUGGGUUCCACGCACUGGACUUCACGGAUAUGACCCGUGCGGAGCCGUUCACGCAUCUGGAGCACCUGGUGUUCGUGUACCCGCACAGCGUGGCGCUGCCCAAGAAGCUCAACCUCUUCGUGCGCGUGGAGCUGAGGGAUGACGACGCCGACCUCCAGUCCUCUCGCCCGCAGCUCGAGGCCAUCUUCCCAUGGGAGCGGGACCACGCCAUGCAGCGCGUGGCGUCAUCGCAGGUGGCCAUGGGCAUGCGCCCGUCGCUCUUCCACGACGAAUUCAAGAUCCAGCUGCCUGCCGUGCUGCAGCCCUCCCACCACCUCCUCUUCUCCUUCUUCCACAUUGACCUUGCCGUCAAAUCCGACCGCCCCAAACCGGUUGUGGUUGGAUACUCUGUCAUGCCUCUGUCGGCUGUCACGCAGUCGUUCAAGGGCGAGAUGAACCUUCCCAUGUCCAAGGACCUGCUCCCAAGGUACCUGCACGAGAGCACCAAGGCGAAGCUCACCUUCUGGGAGGAAGGCAAGCCCGUGUUCCGCAUGCGCACACGCCUCUUCUCUUCCCUCCUCCCCCUCUCCGACCGCCUGCGGGACUUCUUCAAGCAGUACGACCGCCACGUGCUGGAGGCGCCGCUGCCCCGGGAGGAUCUGCUGGAGUCGAUUAAUGGGCUCAAGGGGGUGGACACGGUGGUGCUGCUGCAGUUCCUCUACCCGCUGUUGAACAUGCUGCUCUGCAUGAUUGGCAACGGGGUCGAGACGCUGCAGGUGGCGGCUUUCCGUGCCAUGGUCAAUAUUGUGUCGAGAGUGCAGGCGGAGCUGUCCCCCAAGCACCCGCGCAACCGCUUCCUGGUGCACUUUGUGGACUUCGUCUUUGACGACCUCGGCCGGCAGCAGCCGCCCGUCUACCCCCGGGCUCAGCAACGUCUGGCGCAGCCUCGCCCGCAGCAAGGUCCGGUGUACAGCGAGGCGCUGUCCAUGGCGUGGUUUGUGCUGGAGCUCGUGGUCAAGUCCAUGGACCUGGAGCUCGCCCAGGUGCCGCAAGGCGAUGAGAUCGCGCGGCUGAGGCUGGAGGACGAGGUGUUUCUGUGCAUCCGGCAGCUGUUUGAGUGCCUGCUGGUGGAGGUGCAGGAGAAGGCCGACGCCGACUACCCGCUCGCGCGCCGCCUCACCAACUCCCUUGCCUUCUUCUGCUACGACCUCAUCACUGUCGUCGACCCGCCUCAAGUGUUUGAACUCGUGGGUCUGUUCCUGUCACAGCUAGCGGGCAUGGUGUGCGGCCAACCAGCACUCCCUGAAGCUGCACUUCCUGCGCAUCCUCUGUGACCACGACCUCUUUGUCGAGACGCCAGGC